GUACUAUAUCAUCGUAGUGCAACCUGCAGAGGCCUAUAGUAGCUUGGGGUAUCGAUAAGGUACGUACGAGUGACUCACCCGCGAGCUCACAGCUUGGCCCCACGGGCCGAAACCACGUCUAGAUUUCAUAAAUAAGCGUAUAUAGAAGGGCUGUAACUUGUACUGGUGUUCCCACUGGUACUACAUCACUCUUCACCAUCAUAUCAACGAGCAAUUCGUGUCGACAAUGGCAGCGACGACACCCCUGAAUCACAUUUUCAAAAUACCGUCAGAGAUAAUCGAACAUGCUCUUACACUUUGCCAUCCUCGCGACGUUGCAUCGUUCUCACAGACCUGCCAGAAAGCACUCCGCCUAGUUUAUGGGAGCCCAGAUCAAUAUCUCUGGCGUCAAUUAUUCCUUCUCUUUCCCUUCGACGACCCUCUGCGGAUCUCAUCCCCAUUUCAGGAAGAUGGUCAAUUCAGCUGGAGGAAGGAGCUACACCGGCGAAUGAAGGCGCAAUCAAUCGCCUGUCGCACAAGUUCAACGCUUGAGGACCUCUUGACGGCCAUCGAAACCUUUAUUUCUGUCGUGCGCAGCGCAGCUCCCGUCACAUGGGGACAUGAACGCGUUUCAUCUCCCAAUUUAUUGUGGGUUGUUGAAGUGUUGCAGUCCACAAACAUGCUUCGCUCUCCAUUACUCUUCUCACAAGAGGGUAACCAACCGUUGGCUCGCCUGCGAGCAUACCUUGCACUGACAUUGGACGAGUACGAUGAUGAUGACGUCGAAGGGAAGGAAAGAUUGAAAUCGAUACGGAUGAGGAGUCGCUCUCAGGUCUACGACCUACGGAAUUACCAUCAAGACAACGAAUGGGGCCCAUUCAACGUCACAACAGGAGAAGUAGAUUGGACUCACAUAGAGUCAAUUAUCAACGUUGUAUCUAUGAACCUUUCUGACCGUCCACAUGAUUGGCCGGAUACAAGGCCGCGCUAUGGGCUCGAAGCUACUCGAGCAUACUCAGCACCCGGUACCACAACACCAGCAACAGGUGAUUGGGCUGGUAUUGAAGGUCACUGGAGGAGAUAUGUCUGCUUCAUGGAUUAUCGAGACUUGUUUGCAUUCAAUUAUGAAAACAGAGGACGCGGACAACAAGAUGGCACCUACUUUGACACUCCAAAUUUUGAAGAAGUUGCGCGCCUUGUUGAGCUCAAGCUGAGGCUCAUAGACGCUCAGGAAAUACCUGAAGUCUACAUACUCGACCGCUUCCCUGAUUCCCCGUACAAGCACUACCCAACCUUGUAUUUCACUGGAUCAUCUUGGGGCAUACAGGGUAACGAGGCGACUGUCGUUGGCUCUGUAGCCAUGUCGGAAGGUGGCGUAGUACGAUGGCGAUUUGCAUCUAUUGCCAAUUCGCACAUUCAAUGGAGUUCCGAAGGGGUGCAAAUCGGCGGCAUCGCCAGUGCGUUUGGAGUAAUAGGAACAUGGACAGGAAUCCGUCAUGAUCACGGCGAUCCUGUUGGUCCCUUUUGGCUUUACAAAGUAGAGGAUGAUCAUCCCAUUUAUAUGCGAGCUUUCAUGAACAAUUGAGCCAAUGCUGUCAUGAUCGUGACGUCGACCAACACAGAUACUGUUUUCUUGUGGACAAGUGUUUUGAAUAUUGCUUUCGUUGUAUAUCGUUAUAUAUAUACCCCACAGAACAUUGUUACCAGCACAUUAUUAUUGCAUUCAUUGGCCUGCUCAACAGGUGUCCUGCCUGUGGGGAAUUAGUACAUACACGGGCAACUCUGUCGUAACGGACUAGAUAGAAAAUCGAUGGGAUGUAACUCAUACAAUGUCUGCAGUAUUUUGCUGGUCGGAA